AUGUGCAGACCUCCAGCCUCCCACAAUACCUCCUAUUUCCCAUAUAAGGAAUUUGUCACGUAUCCGGGCGUGCUGUCUAACGAUUCGGAGCCGCGACUGGUGACAGCUGCUUUAACACCCAAAGAACCAAAGACACUUAAGUCCCGGAUCGCAACCUCGCAAAUCCGCGGACCGACUUUCUUUCGUCGGAGCCAUGAGCGUGGUGCCAGCCAAGCAUCAGAUGAAUCUCCAUUCGGUGGCUCGAGCGCUAACCAACUUCAAGAAGGUGGGCAAGAACAAUUACUCGGCAGCAUUGAUUCGCUCUCGCAUCGCCACCUUAAAGGACAACUGGACGCUCUGCGGGAAGGCCACGCCGCGUUGCUGACUGCAUUUCCUCCGGACAAGCGAAAGGACAUCCCCUACUUCGAGGAUCUGGAGUUCGAGAGACAUGAGGACCACUUCCAAGAAGCUCUGGACUACAUGACGGAGUGCCUGGAGGAAUUGGAGCCUCUUCCACUGAACUCCACACCAUUGGCAAGUCAUUCGUCUCGGUGUUGUUCGACCGUCGAUCGGUCGUUGUCGCAUCUACCGCCUAUAAAUAUACCGCCGUUUUCCGGAAAAGCGGAAGAUUGGGAGAGUUUUCGCGAUCGCUUCACGUCCCUAAUCAUUAAUAAUAAAGACGUAUCUGCAUUUGCUCGAAUGCACUUUCUGUCGUCGAGCCUUUCUGGGCGUGCCCUCGAAGCGAUCAAAACUGUCCCAAUCACCGCGGAUAACUUUCACAUCGCGUGGCAGAUUUUAGUUUCGCGGUACGACAAUAAACGGCGCCUUAUCGACGUGCAUGUCUCAGCGCUGUGCAAUCUGCCUAGCGUUCCGCGCGAAUCGGCACUCGAGCUCACGGAGUUGCGUGACAAAGCGAAUCGCGCAAUCGCGUCGUUGCAAGGUUUAAAUCGGACCUCCGACGAUAUCUUGAGCGAUAUUUUGAGCAGUCUCGUCGUUCAAAAGCUCGACUACGCCACUCGUAAGGCGUGGAGACUAAAAAGUAGUGACGACAACCACAUUCCGUCAUAUGACGAUCUAGAUCGCUUUCUCGCGGCGCGAGCUCGAGCGCUGGAGGAACUCACUCCGCAUAACCCGGCCAAGUCCUCGCGUCCAGCAAACGGAAGGUCUUCGAGCGUCAACGCUGCCACGGCCUCUCCGGUGUCGUGUCCGAUCUGCCGUGCCUCUCACUUUAUUAACAAAUGUCCAAAAUUCAUUCAGGCGAGCUCACAUCAACGCAUGGAGCUCGUCAGGCAGAACAAGCGCUGCAUUAACUGUCUCAGCUCAAAACAUGAUCUGGCAGCUUGUCCGAGCAAAUUCUCGUGUCGGACCUGUCAGCAGAAACAUCAUUCGACGCUCCAUGUCGAUUUGAGCUCGCCUGCUACCGCGACCACUGCUCUCGCGACGGUCGCGAACGCUACGGCCGCUAGCGCGUCGACAUCGUCUACGCCGUCUUGA